GUAGAACUCUCUAACCUGUAGAGAGUCUCCUUAUGCCUUGGUCUCCUCGUCGUUAAAACGAGAGAACCCAUCAGAGCAGAAGAGAGAACAGAGAUACGAGGGAGAGAGAGAGAUAGGCUUCGCUGGACAAUUUCUUCAAUCUCUGGAAGAAGAAGUUGGUCUGAGUUCUUGUCUUGUUCCAUCGAGUAUGGGCACUGAAACUGUUUCAGAAUCUGUGAUGGAUAAUGGGUAUGAAGACAGUGAUGAUGACAAACGUUUAGUGUUCAAAAGGAAAAGUAAUGUUACUUCUAAUUCGAAUCAGUCGAAAUCCAAUCUCCAGAGAAGCAAGGCAGUUCCUUCCAGCAAGGUUUCACCUAUGAGAUCGCCUGUGACUAGCCCAAAUGGAACCACUCCUUCGAAUAGAACUUCUAUAGUGAAAUCCUCUAUGCCAUCUUGUUCUUCUAAGGCUUCACCAGCAAAGUCACCAUUGCGGAAUGAUACUCCCUCUACUGUUAAGGAUAGGAGCCAGUCACAUAAAGAUCAGUCUGAAUGUAAAAGUGAGCAUGAGGAUUCUGAGGAUGAUAAACCUAUAAGUUUCAUACGAUCUCGAAAUUCCAGUCGGCCUAAUAAAGGGCCAAGUUCUUCACGGCAGGUUUCCUUACCGCAGCCAGAAAAAAAGAAUAGUGGAGAUCGACCUCUUGAUAGAGCUAACGGAAUCAUAAAAGAUGAGUCAGAUGAUGAAGCUCCAAUCUCGUUAAUGUAUCGGAAGAAGAAUGAUAGUGGGAUGUCAGGGGCCAAACAGGUCUCUAUUGAUGAAAAGAAACCUUUGGCUAAAAAGUUGUUGAGUAAAGAAACCAGAGAUGGCGACGUUCCUGAAAAAGUUGUCGUUUAUCAGCAAGCAAACAAGGAGGUCGCUAUCAUUUGUAACCAUCAACGUACUGUCUCAAAAUCACAUGGCGCACAAGUCGAGAAGCUGGCUGUGAAAAUAGAAGAACUAAGGGAGCAAAUAAAAGAGCUGAAUAUUGAUCUCGACAGGGCUAAGAAAGGAAGAACUCCAUUAAUGGGAUCUGAUGGAAAGAGAAAGAGGAACUUAACACCUGAAGCAUUGGAGAAGAAGAUAAUGCAAACGCAAGGUAAGAUUGAGAAGAUGGAAAGGGAUAUGCGAACGAAAGAAGAUAUGAAAACCGUCGCGUUAGGCACAUCUAAGAUCAAUUACAUGGAUCCUAGGAUCACUGUUGCGUGGUGCAAACGACACGAUGUCCCCAUUGAGAAGAUAUUUAACAAGUCUCUCCUAGCUAAGUUCUCUUGGGCAAUGGAUGUUGAUCCUGAGUUCAGAUUCUGUUUAAGCAGCGAUGAAUAAGUACAUCUUCGUUGAGGAGCUUCACCUAACCAUUCACCAUACGUUUACAGAGAUAGAGAAAGAGAGUUAAAAAAGAGUAGAAGAAAGAAAACAAAUUUGUAAAAGAGGUUUCUUCUCUCUAAAUAGUAAACCAAAGACUAAUCUAUGGGAUAUUUUAUAGAGAACAGUUAUAAAUUUUUUACUCAAUAAACAAUUCAGGUCAACAAUA